UGAAACUCUCUGGGAAAUUGCAAAAGCUGAAGUGGAAAAAAGAGGAAGUAAUGGAAGUGACAGUGAUGGAGUUGAAAUUGGAGAAAAAUCUGUUUUUUUCAUUGGCAGUAAAAAUGGGGGAAAGACUACGAUUAUUCUAAGGUGUCUUGACAGCUGGCUGCCAAAAGAUAUUGCUCACUUUUGGGAACUAGGUGGAGGAACCUCUUUAUUGGAUUUAAUCAGCAUACCAAUCACAAGUGACACUUUACGGACAUUCUCUAUUGUUCUUGUUUUGGAUCUUUCAAAACCUAAUGACCUUUGGCCCACCAUGGAAAAUCUGUUGAAAGCCACAAAAAGCCAUGUAGAUAAAGUGAUAAUGAAACUGGGAAAGACAAAUUCUAAAGCAGCUUCUGAAAUGAGACAGAAGAUAUGGAGUAAUAUGCAGAAGGACCAUCCAGAUCGUGAGUUAACUGACCCAUUUCCAGUACCCCUGGUCAUCAUUGGAAGUAAAUAUGAUAUUUUUCAGGAUUUUGACUCUGAGAAAAGAAAGGUAAUUUGCAAGACUCUUCGAUUUGUUGCACAUUAUUACGGAGCAUCAUUAAUGUUUACCAGUAAAUCAGAAGCUCUCUUACUAAAAAUACGUGGAGUUAUCAACCAGUUGGCAUUCGGCACUGACAAAAGCAAAUCGAUAUGUGUGGAUCAGAAUAAACCACUGUUUAUCACAGCAGGGUUGGAUUCUUUAAGUCAAAUAGGAUCUCCUCCCGUUCCUGAUAAUGACAUUGGAAAGCUUCAUGCCAAUUCACCAAUGGAAUUGUGGAAGAAAGUGUAUGAGAAGCUCUUUCCACCAAAGAGUAUCAGCACACUAAAAGAUAUCAAAGACCCGGCCCGAGAUCCUCAGUAUGCUGAAAGUGAAGUUGACGAGAUGAGAAUUCAGAAAGAUCAGGAACUGGAACAGUACAAAAGAAGUUCUUCCAAGUCUUGGAAACAAAUUGAGCUUGAUUCUUGAACCUAAUUCAACUAUUACAUAUUUACUUCUUCUUUCCCAAAUAAAAGUAAGGGUAUUUUGUUAAUUAACUAUUGUGGCAAUAUGUAAAGAAAG